GUUGGCAAAAACUUCUCCUAAGGCAGCGUCAUGCAGUUUGUUGUGCUGUUCACUGUGGGUUUUCUGACCUCCGGCUUUUCUCUCCCAAUGCCCCGUGAAGCAGGAGAAAUAAGUGAGAAACAAUGGAAGGAGGCCCAGAACUACCUCAACAAUUUCUAUGCAAGUGACACUGAGAAAGAGUUGAGCAAUUUUGAGGACAAAAUUAAGAAAAUGCAAAGAUUCUUUGGCCUCAGUAUAACAGGGGUCAUGAAUCCAAACAUCAUGGAAAUAAUGAAGCAGCCGAGAUGCGGGCUGCCCGAUAUCGCCCCUUCAGGAUUCACGCUGUUUCCAGGACCACGGAAAUGGACCUCCAAAAUAGUGACCUACAGGAUUGCGAUUUAUACGAAUCAAUUGCGACAUUCAAGGGUGGAUUCCAUCGUAUACAGGGCUUUUAAUAUGUGGAGCAGAGAGACUACUUUGUACUUCAAGAGGGUUCCUAGGGGUCCAGCUGAUAUUAUCAUCAGGUUUGCAAGAAGAGCUCAUGGGGACAACUAUCCUUUCGAUGGUCCCGGAGGCACCCUUGCUCAUGCGUUUACCCCGGGGCCAGACAUAGGAGGAGAUGCUCACUUUGAUGAUGAUGAAAAGUGGACCGAAGGCUAUAAAUCAGGAAUUAACUUGCCCUUCGUGGUCACUCACGAACUCGGCCAUUCUUUGGGGCUGAGUCAUUCUUCGAAUCCUAAUGCUGUGAUGUACCCGACCUAUAAUAAAAAUGACCCAUGGGAUUUCCAGCUGUCCCAGGAUGAUAUCAGAAGGAUUCAACAACUAUAUGGAAAGAAAAGAAAUGUUUGGGAUAUAUACUACCGAGAAGAAAAUACUCCUUCAUAAGGCUAUGUUGCUACUUUCCCGAAACAUUUCCAAAUUAAAAUGGAAAUGGGAAAACAACAACUUAAGAUGAAAAUAUAUGGCAAAUAAAAUCAGUCUAUGUAAUGCAAUGCUUC